GAGUCAUCCAAAUGUUUGGGAAACAGGCGGUUUUUCCCUGAUUGGUGACCAGGAUAAGUAUAUCUGUAUAUGCAACGUAUUGCCUCAUUGGAUAAGGAGCACAUGGAAAAUGCCAUUUAGCAUACGAAGACCCUUCCAGAUAAUAAUUGGAUAAUGGUAUUGACAUGUUUCUCUCUCUUAUUUUAUAUUUCUGAAUCCUCAUCUUGUUGUAGAAUUUGAACUAUGAACAAACUCUCAUCCGCAUCGUAGAUUCUUACCCUUUUAGGGUGUCAUAGCCUAUAGGAUAGGUGGCCGUUGGGAGUCUGAAACACCGCCCACCAUGAGAGAGGAAAGUACCAAGAAUUGGCCCCAUAACUGAAGCCGACUCCAAGAGGGCGUCAUCAUCCCUUUUAACUUUCCCUAUAAAAGUGGUCCCUGAAUGAAGGAAAAGUGUGAAGGGGGACGGCAUAUAACAUAUAUCUGCCAAACACGGAAUAAAAUCUCGUGGGUCACUUUCUCCUCCUCACUUGUCUUCGUCGCAUCGGCUUCCCCGGAUACACACCCUAUAUCUCUCCUCUCUUCCCCUCUCUCCUAGCCGGGAGCAAUUGGCAGCGAUUGUUGACGUCACCACAGUGUGUAUGAGCUGUCUCUCUGCAUUAUCUUUCAGUCUUCUCGAAAAUCUCUCUCUCUCUCUCUCUCUCUCUCUCUCUCUCUCUCUCUAUAUAUAUAUAUAUAUAUAUAUAUAUGCUGCAACAGUGGUUUGUCCAUGCCCAGGUAGAGAGACAAAGAAAAGUUCUUUCUUUCAAUCUAUCAAUAGAUCUCAUGCAGAAUCAACCGUUUAGACAAAGGUCAUCUUCAUUCGAGGAGCAAUCACUCAACAACAGCUCCAUCAUGUUGUCUUCUCCGGCGUCGUCGUCGUCGUCUCUGUCUGGGGAUCAUAUAGGGCAGGAGAGUUGUGCUGAUCUCUGGGAUAAUGAGGAGUGGCGUGGGGGUGUUGAGAGGCGUGGACGGAUAGGUCGGAGUUCGGAGAUGAAGACGAAGAAGGAAUUUCCGCCUCCGAUACCAUGGCUGGCGCAGACGGAGAACUUGCUGUCGCACAUGCCGUGGGUAAUGAAGAGGUACCAUACGAGCGAUGGGCGGCUCAUCAUUAGGGAGGAGAAGGUGAAGCAUCACGAGUACUUCAGGGCACACAGGGCCAAUGGCCGCCUCACACUGCAUCUUAUACCCAUGAACGACGACUUUUACGAGGAGGAGAAUCUGAAGGGAGAAGCCGAGGAAAAUGAGGGAAAUGCAGAAGUUGGGGAUGCCGAUGAUGGAAGGGAGGAGGAGGAGGAGGAAGAGGAGAAAGAAUCAGUGAAGUCAUCGUGUGUUGAGAUGAAUGAUGGGGGAGGAGGAGGAGGAGGAGGAGGAGCAGCCAAGUGUUACAUGGGAUCCGUCUCUUCAUGUAUGUUUGGGAUGGCUAUAGCAGCAGUCAAGCCACUCCAUAUUUAGACAUAGAAUUUGGAUAGAUAAUUUGUAUAUUAACGGAUCCAUCACUCACCCUACCCUGCUGUCUUAAUUUUCACAGAUUUUUGAUGCCAAGUGAUGCCGUGAGGGUGAUGGUGAUGUGUGGCUUCCUGACGUCAUCAGUCAUCACUCCCCCCAUGGAAUAGGGUUUUGGAUAUACAUUUUCUUUCCCGUUUUAAACAAAAA